GACUGGGAAGGAAGCAGCUUUUCCUGGAUGAGAACAGAACUUUGGGAAGUCCAGGAUAAUGAAGCUGCUGCAAGAAACUGACGAUGCAACAAAGAAGAGAAAGCUGAUGAAAUCUCAGGUGGAGAAACGUCGAAGGGAGCGAAUGAAUCGCAGUCUGGAGCGUCUGAGGACCAUGCUGCUGCAGGAGCCUCAACAAGGAGGGAUGCAGCAGAAGGCAGAGAAAGCUGAGAUUCUGGAGCACACUGUUCUCUUCCUGCAAAGAAACGCCAAAGAACUCAAGGAAAAGAUGGGAGGCCAGAAAUACUCCUUCCAGGAUGGGUUCUCCAGCUGCCUCCAGAGGGCAUCGCAGUUCCUGGGGCCCGAAGGGAAAGGCCUCUGGCUUGGACCGGUCCUGGACGCCACCUUCUCUGCCCGCUUCCCAGGCUCACACAGCCACUCUGCAGGCGCCCGCAUCAAAACCUCCAUCUCCAUGACCCACACCAAGUCCCUGCUCCAGAUGCUGAGGCUGAGGUCCAAGUCCAGUCAGCAGACGCAGGCCUCCGGUGCGAGCACCUCGGCUUGGCCGCGCAGAUUCUCAGCCCAGCAGAGCUUCCCUAUGAUUCCCCAGCAGCCUCAGAUGCAAAGCGGGCUGGAGAUGGGAGCGGAGAGGCCGGGGAGCAAAGAGAGCUCGUCCCAGAGCGGGACCCUCAGCCAGACUUUAUGGAGACCGUGGCCCUGAUCAUCACAACCCACAGAACCCCCAGAACUCUCAAUAACCACCAAACCCUCCAUUAAAACUGCUUCUGUUUUCAUUCUGCUCUCAAAAAAUAUCCUAACUCUCGUCUCUCUCUCAGCUUUCACCUGAAAUCCUGUAAAUAAUGUAAAAGAAACCUCAUGAUUUGUAGCUGUAGUAUUUUUGAAAAGGUUGACUCCCUCCAGUAGCUCAGAAAGUGUGGCGGCCGUGUUAUCUGCUGGCAGGCACGCAGGGAUUUUCGUGGACCAGGACCGGAUCUGGAUCCUGUGGAUCGG